AUGUCGACUGGAAAUGAUCCGUUUCAACAAAGGCCAUCGAACACCAAUCCUGACAGAGAAGGCCGGAGACUGUCGCUCUGGCACAUGCCUGUGUUGGGUCAGAACUCUCGCAACAUAGAGAAUGCUUCUCCUGUGGAUCGCAACGCCGAGCAACCGUCCCAUACUGAUGAACCGCUGGAUCUGAGAGACGUCCUAGAAGAGGGGCGCUUACUUGGUGACACGCCUGAAGAGGCACGUUCCUGGCUUAUCGGUUUGGGGAACCUCAAGUCUGGGACGGAUGUUUCGCUCAGGUUGCUUGAUCUCCACAAAGAUAAUCAGGGUCAGCCGGGCCCUGUCUCUCUCCUGUCAUUACUCAGUCAGUGGAUUUCCGUCUGGGGGAAGAAAGCGGAGAAGGCAAGGAAGGAGCACAGAAACUCAAGGUCCGCUCCUCCGGUUAGGGACCAACAGAAUCUGCACUGGCUUCUCCAAUAUGUCUGCGACUAUCUCGAACUAGGCCAUGUCGGCUUUGAUCCACUCGAACUGUCCCGGACAGUGGAUUGCGUGACGGCCCUUUGUCUCAGUGCUAGCCGGGAGGAAGACAUCAACGCUGGCAUCAACGUACUCUAUUCUGUCCUUUUGCACUUUGAGUAUCCGAAGGAAAGGCUGGAAGAGACGUUGGUGGUACUAUGCGCCUCUGCAGCAAAUCUAAAGAGACCGCCGGACCACCUUCUCGACUGUGCGAGAUUUCUUGCUGCCGGAUACCUUCAUGAAGAAGUUAUCGCGACGCUGUAUUCUUUCAUACAGGUGCCCACCAUGGACAACGGAGCCAAAAAUUUAUCACAUGCUCGAGGCGCCAUCCAUUUAUUGAAGGCCUUGGUGGAUGAGCGACGUGACGACGGAGGCUUGGUCAUGGACUUGGAAGACUUUCUCAAGCAGCUUCAUUCCGCUGCCCAACAUGGGGUAUUUCGACUCUGCCACGACAUCCUCAGCCUUCUCCAUACUCUGCUUUCCAGUGCGCAACGGAGCCACGAGAUUCCUGACCUUGAUUUCAAUGUCGUUGUCAGCAUUAUCCGCCUUUGUUUGGAUAUGACUCCUCCAAAUCAGCCGGGAACGAAUGCUGCCAGAACAACUCUGUCACCCACCUCAAGCCAAGACGAGGAACUUCAACGCCACUACGAGAAACGUUUUCAAGAUAGAGAGGUAUUGGUCACGAAGUUGGGUCAAGACCUCUGCCUUGAAUGGGAUCAGCUUCCUGCAUCCAGCCGGAAUGUGAUCCAUGAAUUCUUCUUGGAUUUCCCUCAAUAUGCCGAAGCAGCCCAAUUAUCACUCAGUCUGGAUUAUGCGAAGGACAGGUGUCUUGCGUCGAAUGGAUCUGGCUUGAGGGACCAGUACUGUGACAAAAUCUACGGACGGAUAGUGCAAUCCUCUUCGAUAUCUGCGACGUGCCGCAGCGAGGCCAUUGGUUUACUCGUUCAACUCAGCAACCCGACUCAUGUCCCCUCAUUGAGUACCGACGAAGGGUGUGGAGAUAUCUGCCUAUUGAUGCUUCAGAGACUUCUGGACCAAACAGAUGUUGAGCAAGAUGCACAGGUAUUGGAAGUUUUGCUGAAGUCCGUGGAAUCUCUCCUCUUUCGUCAUCGAGAGGCAGAGCAAGAAGAAGGAUUGACCUUGCGCACGAUUGAAAGGAUCAACAGCCUAGUUCUAUCAGGUUCAGCUGGAGGCUGUUUUACGGACGAACUAGCGGUUUCAGCAACCAAAGUCCUCGUAACCAUAUUCAGUCACAGCAUCCACAUCUCGACCAGAUCAGCCCUUAGGGCAUAUGAGGUACUACUCGACGUCGCAAGUCCCAGGUGCAAAGCUCGACCAGCUAGGUUGGUCUCGAAACGACUUCUAUUCCGCCUCCGCGCCGACGAUGCUGGCUCCAUCUACAUUGCAAAAGCCAGUGAAAGCCAGAAUAUUGCAAGUGCCCUUCUACGGACUCGAGACUCGGCUGAAGUUUUCAACUAUGACUUGCCCUCUUCACAGCGUCAGUCAGCCAGCAGCAUGAGUCUGUCGACAAAGUCAGAUGUCGGUGAUCCACUAUGGAUGUAUCCAGACACAGAGGAUGUCACUUUUCCCUUCGCCGGCCGUACCUCUACUAUCCUAAAUGUCGACAUGUCCACCCACCCAGGCACGCACGCGGAACUUGACAUGGACAUUUGGCUCAUGAGCAUCAUCAGAUGCCUCCAAAUCGACUGCGAUUGGGAAACUUACAGUUACACCGUGGUGCAUGCGGCUGCACAGUUGAGCAACAUUGCUCUGUUUUCCAACUCGAUGGAAGCUGUCGUCAAGCUGCGCCAAGUUCUCUGUGAUCAGGUUGUGAGCAAUACAUUUCGUGAAGCCCCUCCCCAGACUGGGCUGAAGCGUUCGGAUGUUGCUAUAUGCUUGUUCAACUUCCUCAUUGCCUUUAUCCCUUAUGCCACCAUCAAAACUGAGGCGGUUCAGAAAGGUUUUGGAGACGACCUUGUCAGGGCCUUUCUUGCUGGAAUCGGUGGAGCAUGGGAAGGGACAUCCCGUUCAUGUAUCCAUGCAUUGUCCGUCUGCAGUCUAGAGAUACCAGCAUCGGUGGCGACUCUAUACCCUACCAUUAUCGACAAGAUGUCCAAAAACAUGACUCAGGCUCAUCUCACGGCUCACAUUUUGGAGUUUUUGAUUCAGGUUUCGCUAUUGCCCGAAAUGCAUUCCAACUUCAACCUGGAUGAGAUUCAGAUGAUAUUUGGGAUGUGCAUACAAUUUCUCGAAAAGACAAGGGACCAACAGCAUGCUUCUCUCAUCUCCCCACCAGGGAGAAUCCAUCCGACCUCGCGCCACAGUGGAAUGAACUUCCGCCGCCCGCCGUACCGAGCAUCGAUGCUGACGGAUAUUGGGCUGCCUCAGUACUCGGCUUGCUUGGCUUAUCAUAACAUGAUUUUUUGGUUUCUUUCGCUUCGCCUCGAGAUUCGAGCCAAAUAUGUCCCGUGGAUCGUACCGAGACUGAUCUGGAAGAAUGCGCGUGGAGAAGAGACGAUCGAUGAGCAAAGUGAGGUGCUAAUCGAUAUGAUGCAGAGGUCGGCCUUCUCUGACCUAGGAGAGUCGUCUCCAAUCGUCAACUUUGCAGAGCCUGAGGAUGGCCCGGUAACGUCGGCUUCAUGGAUCGUCGGCCUCAGUAUCAUCACGGCGGAGACAGCGGGCCAUACUGGAAAGACUCAGAUCAUCAAGCGGCAGGCUUCAGGCACCACUUAUGCCAGGUAUCAACAGGCCACGGCACCAUUGCCCAAGCACCAUGCACCCAGUCAUACACAGAUCCGUCACCAUGAAGCUACCACGAUUGAGAUGCUACCGUCACACAUUAUUCUGCAGAUGGUGGCCAGUGCCGCCGCGACCAGUGUAGCAGAUCAGCCCUUUAUUCUGCCCAAGGAGGACUCUGUCACCCGAGCUCUAGAGGGCAUUGACCGAAUCCCCACCGUAUCGAGCCACAAGAUCGGCGUACUCUACAUCGGCGAAGGACAGUCGGCUGAGUCUGAAUACCUGGCCAAUACCAAGGGCUCCCGUGACUUCGAGCGUCUUCUCGAAGGCCUUGGCUAUGUUGUGUCGCUGGAACCACCGCUACGCUUCAAUCCCCAGGGUUUAGAGUAUCCGCGAGAUGGCGACAAGACGAUAGCGUGGCGGGACCGAGUCAAUGAGAUUGUCUAUCUGGUCCCGACGAUGAUGCCGACCGACGCGGAGGAUGAUCCUCAGUGCAUCAUGAAGAAGGCCCACGUCGGCAACUGUCACGUCAACAUCAUCUUCAAUCGAUCAGGGUUAGACUGGGACUUCAACAAUCUGAGGUCUCAACUAAACUAUGUCAACAUUGUGAUCAGGCCUGCGGAGCGUGCACGGGCAACACCCGACCCCGAUUUCAUGCCUGCAUUCUAUUCCGUUCAGGUCGUGACACGAGAUGAUAUCCCGGAUAUAUCACCGGCAGCAGAUCCCAAACUCAUUUCAGCCGCCCAGCUCGGCCCAUUCGUGCGAGUUCUGGCCUUAAACGCCAACCUUUUCUGUCAGACCUGGAACACCAAGGACAGCGAUACCGAGUUCCCCAGUACAUGGCGAGCGAGACUUCAACAGGUCAAACGGCUGAAGGAACGGAUGAUGAACCGGCCAGGUGAAAGGCAGGGCGGGGUCCCCUCAGUCUCUAGCCCUGCUACAGCACCACCCCCAGGUGGGGGCAAGAGGACUCCGGCUCCUCGAGAGGACAUUGGUGGCCUUCGGAAGGAUGGUGCUCUGGCGGCGCAGUUGGAUUUCAGCCCGUGGACUCUGCAAUAG